ACGUCCAACAUCAAUCAAAGCUACUACAACAGUUCUAUAGUUCUCCUGGAAUAUUUUGACCAACAUCUCAUCAUGAACUUCUACAAGGUCUUUAUCUUCGUUGCCCUCGUUCUGGCCAUCAGCAUGGGACAAUCUGAGGCCGGAUGGUUAAAGAAGAUUGGGAAGAAAAUUGAACGUGUUGGCCAGCACACUCGGGAUGCGACAAUCCAAGGAUUGGGAAUUGCUCAGCAAGCAGCUAAUGUGGCAGCCACAGCCAGGGGUUAAACUAUAAACCAGACAACUCAUAAUUAAACAUUU